UCUCCUGCAACCACACUCCCUCACUCAUCUCCCGAAGUGCUGCAUGCAGCCAGAGAGGACUGCAUCGGAGGGGGAAGAAAAGAAAAAAAAAGAAAAGAAAAGCCUGUCGUGCGCUGGCAGUUUCCUCCGAUCCUGAUCCUCACCGGGUGGGGGAAAAAAAUCCCCAAAAAACAAAAAACCAACAUCCCAGAAAGAUCCUCACUAUUUACCAUGAAGGGAUGACGGAUUGUGCUGCAAUGGGUUACUUUCGGCUCAGUCCACUCUUCACGCCAUAAAGACGCCCAGCUGAUGACAGCGAUUGCCAGAGACUUCAAGGGUUAUCUCCUGUUGUGACUCAAGAGUGCAGCAUCUCCAGAUCCUCUGAUAGCCGCAAAUCUCCAUCAUUCUGCAUUCAGCCCUCCAACCUACCAGAAAAGGUCAACAUUUAGAGCCACUAUGGAGGACACGUACAAUAACAGGACUUCUCUGGCUAAGGGAGCCAAGGUUAUGGUCAAGGAGGCCAAGCGGCACACAGCAAAGAAAGUCAACAAGGUGGUCGACCGCGCUGCGGACGAGUACUCAUCUCAUCGCAACUACACACGAUUCCAGGACGAGGAGGACGAAGACGAGGAUUUCUACCGCAACCAGAAAGGACACGAAAGAGAGGGUUACCGUGACAAUGAGGAAGGCUCCAGCGAUGCCACAGAGGGCCAUGAUGAUGAGGAUGAGAUCUAUGAGGGGGAGUACCAGGGGAUCCCCUCAGCCGGAGACAAGAAGCAUAAGGAAGGACAGGUGGCGCUGGGACAGCCGAUGUCAGACCGCAGUGAGCUGGAGCAGGAGAGGGAGGCAGAUGAAGAGGAGCUGGCCCAGCAGUAUGAGCUGAUCAUGCAGGAGUGUGGCCAUGGGAGCUUCCAAUGGCAGCUGUUCUUUGUACUGGGAAUGGCGCUCAUGUCGGAUGGUGUGGAAGUGUUUGUGGUGGGAUUUGUCCUGCCCAGUGCAGAGACAGACAUGUGUGUCCCAAACUCCAGCUCAGGGUGGCUAGGCAGCAUUGUGUACCUGGGAAUGAUGGUUGGAGCUUUCUUCUGGGGAGGAAUGUCUGACAAAGUGGGCCGCAGACAGUGCCUCCUCAUUUGCAUGUCCACAAAUGGCUUCUUUGCCUUCCUGUCAUCUUUUGUCCAGGGAUACGGACUCUUCCUUCUCUGCCGUAUCGUCGCUGGCUUCGGGAUAGGAGGUGCUGUGCCCAUUGUUUUCUCCUUCUUUGCAGAGGUGUUGUCCAGAGAGAAAAGAGGAGAACACCUCAGCUGGUUGUGUAUGUUCUGGAUGAUUGGAGAGAUCUAUGCAUCUGCCAUGGCCUGGGCCAUUAUACCGCACUACGGAUGGAGCUUCAGCAUGGGGUCGGCAUACCAGUUUCACAGCUGGAGGGUUUUUGUCGUCGUUUGCGCCCUGCCAUGUGUGUGUGCUGUGGUGGCUCUUACCUUCAUGCCAGAAAGCCCCAGAUACUACCUUGAGGUUGGGAAGCACGACGAGGGCUGGAUGAUCCUCAAGCAGAUCCACGACACCAACAUGAGAACACGUGGGCUGCCGGAGAAAGUCUUCACUGUAAACAGGAUAAAAAUCCCUAGACAACUGGAUGAGUUGGUUGAAAUGGAAUCAGAAACUGGAAACCCAGUUUCCAAAUUUUUCUUCAGGAUAAAAGCUGAACUACAUGGGAUCUAUCUAAACCUCAUGAAGUGCUUCAAGUAUCCUAUGCAGGAAAACAUGAUGCGACUGGCUAUAGUGUGGUUCACGCUGUCCUUUGGGUAUUAUGGUCUGUCUGUUUGGUUCCCUGAUGUCAUCAAACACCUUCAGGCAGAUGAAUAUGCUUCCAAAGUGCAGAUCCACAAUAAUGAACGCAUUGAAGGCUUCACCUUUAACUUCACCCUGGAGAACCAGAUCCACAGAAAUGGGACAUUCAUUCAUGACCAGUUUGUCAACAUGAAGCUGAAAUCCGUCACCUUCAUUGACUCCACGUUUCGUUACUGUAACUUUGAUGACGUGACGUCGGUGGGCUCCAUAUUCAAGAAUUGUACAUUUAUUGACACUUUCUUCUUCAACACAGAUAUCGAUGAAUCCAAGCUGGUAGAGGGAACAGAGGUGAUUAACAGCACUUUUACCCACAACAAGACUGGCUGCCAGAUGACAUUUGUUGAUGACUACAGUGCUUACUGGGUUUACUUCAUCAACUUUCUGGGAACACUGGCUGUUCUUCCAGGCAACAUUGUGUCUGCUCUUCUUAUGGACAAAAUUGGGCGUUUGUCCAUGUUAGGUGGCUCCAUGAUCCUGUCUGGUAUCAGCUGUUUCUUCUUGUGGUUUGGCACCAGUGAGUCCAUGAUGAUUUUCAUGCUGUGCCUUUACAACGGUCUGAGCAUUUCGGCCUGGAACUCCCUCGAUGUGGUCACCACAGAGUCUUUCCCCACUGUCAGGAGAGGAACAGGCUUCGGUUUCUGUAACGCAUUGUGUAAGCUUGCUGCUGUCCUGGGGAACCUGAUCUUUGGCUCACUUGUUGGCAUCACCAAGGCUGUCCCUAUCCUCAUGGCCUCUUCGGUGCUCGUGGGAGGGGGGCUGGUCGCACUGCGGUUGCCUGACACGCGGUCAAAUGUUCUUAUGUAACGCCAUCAACUUUGAUAAGUCCUGUGAGUUCUCAAGAAGGCCAAACUAGCUUUUCACAGGGAGUGCAAGUGGCUUGGUUUGCCCUAAGUGUGUUAAUUUCAAGAAAAAUUCAGGAUUUUCUCCACAUACUGUCAUAUUAUAAUAAACUUUAUUUGAAUAAUUGGAACUUACAUGACAAACUAACACAAAAAAGAAAUCUGACAAUUGUGAUCUUCAUGAUGAUGUUUUUCUUUCACUAAUGUUCUUAGGGGACAAAACACAGCAGGUGCAUUUAUAUGGAGAUUAAAUUACACACAGGUGGACUAUAUUUAGUCAGUUGAUUGCUCUGGAUUACAUUAACAAGGAUCAAAGAAAAGGAACUAUGUACUUCUGAGAUUUAUGAAAAUUUAGAAAAAUCAUCCAUUAUUUUGACUUUAUUCUUAUUUGCGCACAAAAACCCAAUGCAAGCAUUAACGUUUGUAAGGCAUAUGAAGCACCAUGUUGUAAUGUUUGGUUCUAGGUAGGAGCAAAGUGCAGAUAAUAGGAGGCAGCAGGUGGAGUACAGAGGCUUUAUUGCUAAAUCCAAAAAGACUUCCAGCGAGACGCGGAAACCGGCGGGGAGCCAACCAGAGAGCUUGUGAAAGGAAUCACAGAAUAUCACAGAAUGCAACAGAAGGAUCGGGUGAAGAGCCGAUAUGUUCUGAGGAAGGAGUGCAGAAUAAUAUGACCACCAGAAGAGGUAAUCAUGAGUAGGGAUGGUUGGGGAGGAGAGGAAAUUUAGGAGAUGUACAUCAGCUGAGCUGAGAGACAAGCCAAGGGAAGAAGGAGCAGAAAAUCAAACUAAACGAGAAACAAUUAGCUGUUAUUAGCUGUUUUUAAAGAAAACAGCAACAAAAGGAACCCAGAUCUAAUACUCAAAUAAUAAUAAACUGAGAUGUAAAUCACAUAGAAUAAGGAAGACCAAAUCUAAGUAAAUAUUCAUGAUUAAAACUGAAAACACAAAUGAAGCUAAAAGUACAAACAGCUAGAUAUCACUACAACAUAAGGGAGUAAAAAGUGCUUUACUAAACAAAAAGAAAACACGUUGUUUUGCUCUAAUAUAAAGUUUAAUUUGUCAAGCACUGAAAAGCACAAAGAAGAAACCACUGUUAAAAUGCAGAUUUAAAUCCAAAUUUCAGUUCCAGUAUAAUUUUGAAUGAUCAAAAAAACAAUUAAUUCGUCAGAUUUUUGAGUUGGAAGCUGGAUUAUUAAAAUGUUUUUUGGUCAUGAUCUGAAAGAAGUGACAUUUUCUGCACAUCCCAGGUUUCCAGAUAUAAGGGGCAUAGAAACAAAAUGCUUCCCUUGUGUGUCUAAUUCUGGAAACGUUGGUAGUUGAAACGUGACAUAUUUUUAAAAUAUCCAAUGUUUUUUUUUAUGUACUUUAGUAAUCUGCUGUACUUCUAUUAAAGCCCCUCACUAGUAAAUCACAUCUUUACAAACCCAGAAUACUUAUUCGAAGGUCAACAUCUGCUGAGUUUUUUUCUUUUGACUCAUUGCAGCCUCCAGCUCCAGUCACAACCUUACAUAGACACCUCAUGAUGGAAGCUUGAGGCUUUUAAUAUUGAUACAGUCUUAUUAAGAUGGGCCAGAUGGGGAGAAAAGUGAAAAACAAGCUGUAAUGAGCACAACCAAGCUGUUGUGUGACAACAUAGGAGCUCCUGAUCAGACAGAGAGGAUUCAUUGACACCUGGCUCACCUACAGCACUCACACUCUGAGCACUGAACAUUUGUGCAGAAAGUUGCUACAUAGGCAAACAGUGUUAGAUGAGUAAACAUUUUACAUACUGACACAUUUUUAUUCGUCUCUAAAUUUGCACUCCUUAAUAUUUUGUUGCAUAUGUGCUCAGACUGCAUCGACGUUUGAGAGUAGAUCAUUUAUUUAGGAAACCAAGCCAUUUGCAUAAUCUCAACCUUGAAUUGAAAAGGCCAUAGUAUAAAUUAUAUUUUCUUGUACCAUUAAAUGUAAUGUUAAAUAUGAGGUGACGCCUUUAUUACCCGGUGUGUGACUGUGAAAGCUGAAAAAGUAGUCGUUUUACUCCAGAUAUAGAUAUUCAACAUUCUGUUUCAGGACUUGUUUUCCGAUGUAAGUUUUGUGUUGAGUCCUGUCUCUGUGACUGUGCCUGCCAUUUUCUUAAAAAACAAAAAGAUAAAUACUGAAUGGCCUUUUUUAGAAUAUCCCUCUCUUUGACAGGAUCAAUCUGCCCAUAGUCUUGCACUUUCCAAAGGUUAUAGAAAUGAGAGAAAUAAACCAGAGGGUAAAUGGAUAUACUUUAUUUAUUUAUUUAUUUUAUUAUUUAUUUAUUUAUUUAUUUAUAUUCUGUCCCAUACUGUCUUGGAUUAUUCAAUUUCCAGUGAUUUUCCAAAGUGUUAAUAAAUUGUGAUAAACCAAUGUAACAAGACGGUCUUGGAACCGUCUUCAUAGAGCACAGACCCCCAUUCAACUUUAAGGAUGUAUUCUUAAAGUACGUCUGAGAAUAGGGAUAAACAGACUCGACAUUUUUGCAUAGUUUGUAAUGACAAUUUUUGUUUAGCUUUGCAUAAUGAUUUCUCCUCCACUUCAGUUAUGCAAGACUUUAUUGGUUUAUCACAUAAAAUCCCAAUACAAUCCAAUGAGGUUUGUGUUUUUGAUGUAACAAAAUGUAAAAAUAUUGCAAGGAUCAAUAUUUUCACAAGGUACUGUGUGUGUGUGUGUGUGUGUGUGUGUUAAGUGUAUAUUUGCAAUUUCAAAACAAAAGUUGUUAAUUUCAAGUAGAUUGUUGUGACAGUUUCCUAUAAUAUGCUUUUAAAAAAGUGACACACUUGUAAGAGUCAUUAUGUUACAAUAUUGUGUUCUGUUUCCUCAAUUCUGAGACCUCCAAUACACUGUUGAAGAGAAUAUAUGAAAAGAGGUAACAUAUUGAAAAUGAAUAAAACUAUGUUAAGGUCAUUUUACUAUUUCCAUAGUUUCUCCAAAAUUGUAUUUUCUCAUACCGUUUCUCCUUUUGUUUGAAGGGGUGAACUGAUAUUCUCAUUCUUUUCUUUCAUUCUUGUUUGUUUAGUUUGUGCCUGUGAACUCAGUUUUCUGUAUUACUCUCUAUCCACACAUUUCUUUGUCUUUGUGGUAUGUUGACUGUAGUUGUAGAAUACCCUUCACUGAAGCCUUCUUACAUAGGGCCACUUAAAAAACUAAGACCUCCUCUAGGCCCCACUACUGUUUGUGCAACCUUCACAUUUAUCUCUAUUUUGUAAGAUGGGUUGAAAAUAUAUACUGAAGUAUUGGGCUGUUGCUCAGCCAAUCUCUGUUGAACUCUUGGUUUAGCUACUCUUGAACCAAGAGCAUUGCAGUCAACAAAAAUAUAAAUACAAUGCAAUCAUUAAUACCCAGCACUGCUGACUGCUAUCUGUAGCAUAAGUGUGAGACAGAGCGAUCUGCCUGGUUGUGGAUAUAUUAAAGGCUCAGUGGCAGAUCAGGCUGAUGGGACAAAUGAUCUAUUACCUGUCAGGACUGAAGGAUUUGGUAUAAAAGCUACAUGUACUGUAUUUGUGUGUGUGUACAUGGAUGAAAGACAGAAACUGAGCAAACUGUACGUGUUUGUGUCUAUACGAAUGAAUGAAUGUAAAUAUUCUGUACAUAUCAAAGCUAAUAUAUGUGAAUUUCUGAGUUAAGUGUGUGCAAGCUUCCUCUGAUUCAUUUGUCUCCUGGUGAUAGUCCCUUUAUUGUCCCGUAUCUCUGUUGUACAUCUGUGUGUGUGUGUGUGUCUUUCACCUGCUAUUGCUCUGUGUGUGCGUGAGCAAACUUGCAUGUUUGUAGGACCAACUCCAGGGUUAAUUUCUUUUUACCUUUGUGAUGUUGCUGUAAAUUGUCCUGGAAGAAAGUGAUGGCAACAUUUUGAGUUUGUUGAGGAAAAAUGUGAAUGUAUAUCUCUUGUAAGUUCUGUUGAUCCAUCUUUUUUGAAAGUAGUCAAACAUAUGUGGAGAAUUAAGCCGUCGAUAAUAUUGCAAAGGCAGCCAGAGGAUGACUGAGAUGUGUAAAAAAAAAAAAGUGAAUAAAUAUUUGCCAAAUGACUCGCUGUGUUCUAAAUGAGAUACUGAAAAGACAGAGUCUGCUGUCUGGGCUGCUUUUGAACAUAUGCAGUGUAAUAAAAGUUAUG